UUAUACUUUGGUGGCAUAAGUUUGUGUGUGAGAAAUAGUGAGGUAUAUAGAAAGACGCAAUAUAUAAUAAAUUUUUCAACUUUUCAUAAGUAAUGAUUGGUCAUUAGGGUCGGUAGUGGAAAUCAUUUAGACAUACUAAUAUUAAUGUAUGCAUCAUCAUUGAUUGAUCAAAAACAAAAUGGGUCCAAUAGAAGAUGAUGAACAUGAGUUUGAGGAAGAAGAAGAAGAAGAACAAUCAUCAACCACAGAGAAAUGGAAGAAACAUUACUCAUCAAAGCAUAAGAUACUAUUUGUUGGAGAGGGUGAUUUCUCUUUCUCUCUUUCUUUAGCUAAAGCUUUUGGUUCUGCUCACAACCUCGUUGCUACUUCCCUUGAUUCUCAGGAGAAAAUUGAAAAGAAGUAUAGUAAUGGAAUAAGCAAUGCAAGAGAACUUGAAGAAAUGGGUUGUAUUGUUGUUUAUGAUGUUGAUGUUAAAGUGAUGAGUCAGCAUUUCUUUCUCAAGACUCAGAGGUUGAACAAAAAGUUAUUGAAGGGAUUUAUGGCAAAUGCAAAAGCUCUAGUUAAGAAAGAAGGAGGAGAGAUUCAUGUAACUCACAAAGAAGGUGAUCCAUACAACAAAUGGGAUCUUGUAAGAAAGGCAGAAAAGAGAGGACUGCUCUUACACCAAGCUGUGCCUUUCUUCAAAGAUGACUAUCCUGGUUAUGACAACAAGAGAGCUCAUGGAAAGUUAUCAGAUUUAUCUUUCGCUGUUGGUGAAGCUAGUACUUACAAGUUCAAGCUCCAAACCUCUCUAGUCUAACUCAUUAUAACUCAUGGAAUCUUCUUUAGACUUAUUUUAUGCAAAUAUUUAGAAGAACUUAUUCUAAUAUACUUCUUUGGAGACUUUUAGAAGUUUUUUAGACUUAUUUUAUGCAAAUAUUUAUUUACUCCUUGUGGCAUGUAGAUAUGUUUUCGGCGUAUUUUAAUAAACUCUUCAUAAUAGUUUAUAGAAUAGUUUAUAGAUGUCUGUGUCCCUAAUGAAUCAUGAUGCCACUUGAAAGUAAUAAUGAAGUGGGACAGGUCUAAACUCUGCAUAUGACCAUACGCAUCUUCAAUGAUGAUUGACCAAAAAAAUAUCUUGAAUAAUGAUUAUGAACGUUGUCAUACACAGCCAAACCUUGAAUAUUGAUUAUUGAAGUCGGUGUAAAAGAGUUGAUGAUUAUCAUAUCUAAAGUGGAGAUUUCACUUUAGAAAGGAACAAAGCUAUAUUGUUUAUUAGCUA